GCUUUGUUAUCCGAUGGAUCAACACCGCAAAACACAUCAAUCAAUUCUUCUCCCCCUUCACACUAUCAUCUCAUCUCUUUUUGUCAAUUCUUACCAUCAAUCGAUUGUUUCUGCCAUACAUAUUAGAUCGAUUUCAUCGCCGACCUCAUCCCUAGCUGCCGACGUUGACGACGACUCGACUGUACGCACACCACCGUUUGGUCAGGUUUCCUCCCCUGCCUCCCCCUCCCCCCUCCCCCCCUCCUCCACCACCACCAUCAUCCUCCUACUACUAUUAUUUUGUUUUUUGGCUUUGAAAUUGAUUUUUCUAAUUUUUCUUCUAUUAAUCUUUUUUUUUUCUGGCAUUCAAUUUGUUGAUUUUUGGUCUUCUAUUUCGCAUUUCCGUUAACAAAUUUUUGUGUUUUUAAUAAAUUUCAAUUUUCCAGAUUUUGGAUGAUGGAAUAAAAUUUUGCCAAGUUAUGGCACAAAUGAGCACACUGACUAUCGUUUGUGGCAGAAAAGAUUUUUUGUAAAUCUGCUUUUCUGAUGUUUUGUGACUAGCUUCAUAAUUUUGAUUUUUUAUUGUGUUAGAGUGUUUAUUCCAUUUUUAUAAAAUUCAACAUUUGGUUGGUAUUUCAUUUUUUUGCCAAAAGUAUGGCAGUUUGUGGUGUUCUUCCAAGAUAAAUCUGUCACUUUUUUGACAUAUCUGAAAUCUCAUAUUAAUGACACAUUUGUAAUCAAUCUUCAAGGCUAAAUCUGCCAACUUAACGGCAGAUCUAUGACACUGAGUUGUGACGGCGGUGGUGCUCGACGAUGAGUGGUGUGGCCCUGGAUUUAACAUUGGCGGCAAUAAGGGAGUUAUGAUGGCAGCGAAGGAUGGUAACACCAGUUAGGCGGUUAUGAUGUACCAACAGGGAUGCAGUGGUAGGCGGUGCCGGUGAGGGGUGGCGGUAAAUGAUGGCACCGGCGAGGGGUGGCGGUAGAUGGUGGCGGCGGAGGGUGAGGCGGCGAACGGUGACGGCGGUGUGCGAGGCUACAUCUCCAAUUUGCCUAAAUAUUUUUUUGUGGCAGCCAUAACUCAAAUUUGGAUUUCCCUGGAAUUCUCUUUGCUUUAAUGAAAGAUAUUUUAUCGAUUUAAGACCUGAAAGAUAGACAAAUUAUCAAACCGAGACUUGAAAGAUAGACAAAUUAUCAAUCUGAGACCUGAAAGAUGAAAUGUAUCAACAUAGGUUUUGAAAUGUAUCAACCGAGACCUGAAGGAUUCGAAAGAUAAAAAAUUAUCAAUCUAGGACCUAACAUUUCAUAGGUUUUGAUUUAUUUAAUUUUUUAGGAAUUCCAUUGCUAAUAUUUGGUGAAAUUUUUUUCACAAAAGUUUAUUAGUUCAAUAAAACUAAAUAUUAUUUAAAUUUUUUAAAAUAAAAAUAAUAAUAAAAUUUAUGAAAACUUAGUUCCUAAAUUGAUAGUUUUCAAUCAUUCGGGACCUAGAUUGAUAGUUUCUAUCAUUCGGGUUCUGUACCGAUACAUUUCAUCUUUCAGGUCCCGAAUUGAUAGUUCGUCUAUGUUUCAGGUCCCGAAUUGAUAGUUCGUCUAUCUUUCAGGUCCCAAAUUGAUAAAAUUCCAAUGAAAUGCAGUUCGUUAUUUAAUAUAAGGCUAUUAUGGUCCACUCAUGCUUAAAUGACUCCUACUAAAGCUAACGUACGAAAUCAGUCCUCUUAUUUUAGAAUUUGAUGAGUCCUUUUAUCCUAUAUAAGUAAUUAAGUCAUAUGUCAGUUUGUACCCCAUAUAAAAAUCUUCUCAAAUUUUACCGCUCACCUCCCUAUUUC